AGGGAGUUACCUCAGCGCUCUGCCAGAUAUGAGAUCGGGCCAUUUUCCACUCGGUCCCCUUUUCUAUUAAAGAAGAAAAUCACGAAUAUCACAGGGGAAAGAAAGACAGGGACACAGGUACAUUUUUGGAGAGGUCGUCCAGAGGAGAGCACACAGCGCCUUUCCUUACUGCUGGCGGAUCAGUCGGUAUCUACGGUGCAUGCACAGUAUCUCUGCCCCCGUGCGCGCGCGCGUGUGUGUGUUUACAAGUGUUUGAACGAGUGCCACAAACGAGGGAAGGACGAUAAAGCCAAGGAAGGAGGGAUGGUGGACAAUUCAAGCAGUAGUAAGGCACAAAUGCCCAGCAUGUCUCAGGAUCCUGGUGUGGCCUUUCCUCAGAGCACCUCGACAGGGGGUAUGAAGCUGGAGGCUGUAAUGGAGCAGCUCCAGCGCCAGCAGCAGGCCCGACUGGAAAUGGAGCGCAAGGAGAGGAAGCUGCGAGAGGCCCAUAUCAUGUAUGCUCAGCAGGUUGCUGCACAGCAGGCCAUCCUAGCGGCUGCCCGGGCUUCUGGGGCCAGCUUCAUGGGCAAAGGCCUGGCUGGUGGGGUCCCUAGUGCUGUGUUGCCUCCCCGGGUCUCCAAUCAGAGCAGUGUGGACUCAGAAAGAGAGGAUGACGAGGACAGAGGCCGUGAUUCUGGGGAUGAGGACGACGACAAUGAAAUGAUGGAGGGGGACGAGGGAAGUGAUGAGGACGAGGGGAGUGCCAGUGGUCUGGAGUUCCUCCGUAAGCAGACCCUCGCUUUGCAGCAGAGCGCCUCCCGCAUCCAGGCCCGUCCGUUUGGCAGUUACUCUGCGUCAGCCCCCCAGAGGGCUGCAUCCCCACCUAUCAGAGUGAAGCAGGAACCUGAUGAGGGCCUGUCUCCUGCAGGGCCUCACUCUGCUACCUCUCCUAAUGGACAGGCCGACUGGGGCUUCGAUGAUCACUUCAGACAGAAUGGGAGUGCAGGCUGGGCGGAUGAGGCUGACAGUAGCAGAGGAAGAGGAGAGGCCUCCAGAGACUUUGCUAAGUUGUAUGAACUGGACAAUGACCCCAAAAGGAAGGAGUUUUUGGAUGACCUCUUCACCUUCAUGCAGAAACGAGGAACCCCAGUCAAUCGUAUCCCCAUCAUGGCCAAGCAGGUCCUGGAUCUGUAUAUGCUGUAUAAACUGGUGACAGAGAAGGGAGGCCUGGUGGAGGUAAUCAACAAGAAGAUCUGGAGAGAAAUCACAAAGGGACUCAACCUGCCUACCUCCAUCACCAGUGCAGCUUUCACCCUGCGCACACAGUACAUGAAGUACUUGUAUCCGUAUGAGUGCGAGAGGAAAGGCCUCAGCUCCCCAGGUGAGCUCCAGGCUGCCAUCGACAGUAAUCGACGCGAGGGUCGUCGUCCGAGCUACAGCAGCAGCCUCUUCCGCUUCUCUCCCUCUCCCAGCACAGCUCCCCACAUCCUCUCUCCUCCAAAGAUGCACCUUUCAGCUCUGGGGGCAGGGGCCUCGGGGGCCCUCAACGGCCUGCAGGCCUCACCAGGACCCUCUCUGAAGAAAGUUCUCUCUCUUCCAGAUGACCUGACCCCCUCCAUCAUGGCAGCAAGACCCUCCAUGGCACUGGCCCUGGGUCACCAGCAGGUUGCGGGUUUGGCAAGAGCCGCCACUCUGGAGCAGCUGAGGGAAAAGCUGGAGACCAGCGGCGGAGGAGAGGGGCCAGAGAGGAAGAUGGCCCGCCUGGCGGAGGAGCAGCAGCGCCUGAUGCAGCAGGCUUUCCAACACAACCUGCUGGCCAUGGCUUCCCAAAUGCCCAUGAACCUGCGUCUGGGAGCCCCCACCAUCACCACCAGAGAUGAGAAGCAGCAGGAUAUGUCACUGAGCAUCUCAACCAAUGGAAAUGCCAGCAUUACUGUCUCAGUGGAUGUCAAUGGCACACUCUACUCAGGAACCCUGUUUGCUCAGAAGUCUGGUGGGGCCCCGGGGCCUGCUGUAUCUUCUGCUGCUGCUGCCGCCUCAGCCUCCCCUGCUGGAACCAGCACUAGCUUUGGCUUUUCUGCACCCCUGGCUCAGACCCUAAGCCCAGCGUCCUCCUCCUCCUCCUCCAAGGGUCCCGGCUCGGCCGAGCCGACCCCCAGCGGGUCACCCUAACUCAGGCUGCCCUUUGUACCUGCUCCCCAGGCCCCUCUUCCACCGGGAGGCCCAGCAAGAAUAUACAGUACAAUGAGAAACCGAUAAGAAUAACAAACUGUUGCACAACAAAUACCUCAUCAACCCUGUCAACCUCUUGGCUGUCCAAUCAUGAACACAGAGCCCAAGAAUAUUAUAUGACAGCACGUGCCCAAACGCACAGCUAUGCAUUUUAUUCAACGUGCAAACACAUACACACACUACACUACAAACCACACACACACACACACACACACACAUGUAUACAUAUACAGACACACAAUCUACACGUACAUACAUUUGUUAAUCCUAAUGUACAUGCUAAACACAAUCAGCUCAGCCAAAACCCACUGACAGGUGUAGUCACAACUGAACUUGAAAAGUUUUAUCUUAGGACAUUUUGUUUGUUUGUUGCCAUUUUGUCGUCUUUUUGAUUUUGUGUUUUAGAAUGAUUUUGUUUUUAGUUUUUCUCUUUUUACAUACCUCAAAUCAAGUAACCUGCAGUGGUGUCUUUACCUCAGGAGUUGUAGUAUAUUUAACCUGAAUCAACUUUAUUUUUAUAUUCUUUUUGACCUAGUUGCAAUCAGGGGAAGUCGGGUAACUCUCACCAGUGGAACCUCAUGUACAGCACCCACCUCACAGUGACAGGCCUCCAACCCGGGCCACUCAGGUUUCCUCAGCACACUGUAGACUCUUGCUGAGCUCAGACUGGUGAAUGAUCAGAUGCUGUAGAUCAGCACAUUAAAUACAUAUAACUCCUCAGCUCAGCAAGUCCAUUAUAUUGGUUGGAAGGUUAACAGUGUACGCAAACCUCCCAAUAUGAACAGGAUUUCACCAAACUGAAAACUUUCAUUAGCAAUGCACAGGAUUUUCUGUCAACUUUCUGCAGGUCCGCACAAACUGUCUUUAAAAACGUAGCGCACAAAUUUUAGGGAACAGCAACUCUAAUCCACCACAGCAGGCCUAGCAGACCCUGAGCUCGUUUCUCCCCCGUCAACGUUACAGAGGGGUCGUACAAAAUCAGGUUUGAGUUUGUUGUCCCCGAUUUUGUUUGUGUAUCCUUCCUCCAGCCGCAGCCACAGAGCCGAAUGUCAAUCUGACGGCGGUCAUCGUCAGCGCAUGGUUCUCAGACCUCAUAUUGGCCUCUCUGCUCUGGAGGGCGUCUCUCUCAGGAAGCAAUGUGACAACUGCAAGGAAUCACUGUUAAUUUAAAGAAAAAGAAGGGAUUCAUACCUGAAGAAUUGACAAGUGGACAUGACUGUUCAAGAAUACCUCAUCAGUCUCUCUCAAAAGGAGAGCUACACUACAUACCUCAUACGGCUGCGAAGCCAUCAAGACUUGACGCCACAACCCGUGAUGGAAAUCCUAGCUGAACUGAAACUGACGUGAACGUACUGACACACUGCUGGUGGUUUUUGGGGACAAACAGAACUAGGAUGGGUUUGCUAUCUCUCUCCUUCUGUGUUGACAUGUGUAACUUGUUUUAUGCUUGCUUCCAUUUCCUUUUUUUUUUUUUUUUUUUUU